AUGUUCCUAAGUCAACUGAUGCGUCAAAGCGGAGCAUCCGCUUCCGCAGCUCGAAAUCUCUGGCGAAAAUCCGAGAAUCCCUUUAUUUCCACCCCACAAGCCUGGUUGACCGAUUUGGAACAAGUUGAGGAGAAAAAACGGGGAAUUAUUGAUUUGCAUCCGGAUGUUUUUCGAGUUGCACCGAGAUUGGAUAUUUUGCAUAGGUUUGGAGCAUUUUGAGCCCGAAAAUUGGGGUUUUCAUGAAAUUUGGAGCAUUUUGAGCUCAAAUGUGAUAAAUUUGGGGUUUCUGAGCAAAUUUGGGGCUUUUUGAGCCCAAAAAUGGCCUAGACUUGAUUUUUGAAGCAUUUUGAGCCCAAAAAUGGCCUAGAAAGCCUGUAAAUGCUCAAAGUUAGCCUAGAUUUGAUUUUUGGAGCAAUUUCAGCUCAAAAAUGGUCUAGAAAGCCUGAAAAUGACUCAGAAACUCAAAAAAUGGCCUAGAAACCCAAAUAAAGGUCUAGAAAGCCUGAAAAUGGUCUAGAAACUUGAAAUUUGGCCUAAAAAGCCUGAAAAUGGUCUAGAAACUUGAAAUUUGGCCUAGAAACCCAAAAACGGCCUAUAAAGCCUAAGAAUUGGCAUUGCUCAUAUUAAUCUGUCAGAUUUUGAGUUUUAGGUCACUUUUCUGAUUUCUAGACAAUUUUUUGGCUCAAAAUCCAAUUUUAGUCAUGUUUGAGCUCAAAAUGCUCCAAAAUUAGCCUUUUUGAUUAUUGGAGCAUUUCGAGCUCAAAUAUGGCCUAGAAAGCCUGAAAAUGGUCCAAAAAGCCUGGAAAUGGUCCAGAAACCCGGAAAUCGGUCUAGAAAGCCUGAAAAUGCUCAAAAAUAGCCUAUAUUUGAUUUUUAAAGCAUUUUGAGCUCAAAAAUGGCCUAGAAAGCCUGAGAAUGGUCUAGAAACCCGAAAAAUGGCCCAGGGAUCCGGAAAUCAGCCUAGAAAACCUGAAAAUGCUCAAAAAUAGCCUAGAUUUGAUUUUUGGAGCAUUUUGAGCUCAAAAUUUGCCUAGAAAGCCUGAAAAUUCCCCAAAAUCAACAAUUUUGCAGAAAUCUAACAUGGCAAAAAGUGUACCGCAACGUGCAAAUGACAAAAAUGCUAACAAAAGCCGAAAUGCCGGGCGGCGGCCGAAAACCGUGGCCCCAAAAAAAGACGGGCCGAGCCCACGUCGGCUCAAUUCGACAACCCGAAUUUAUACAUGGUGGAUUUGCGAAUGGUGUAAGAGGUCCCAGAACUUGGUUCUAUAUGUUACCUGAUGCUAUCAGACUGCAAGGAUUGUGUGUUGCGCUAACUUUGAAACAUGCUCAAGAUGAUUUGCAUAUUGUGGAGAAUAUGCAGGAUUUACAGAAUGGUGAUCCCAAGUUUUGGCAAGAUGUGAGUUCAAAAUUUGAGAAAUUUGGAGCAUUUUGAGCCAAAAAACUCGAAAUUUCAUCAAUUUCGAAGAUUUUUGAGCCCAAACAUGCUCCAGGAGCUAAAAAAGUUGCUCCACGAGCUGGAAAAUUGGAUUUUUCAUGAAAUUUUCGAUUUUUAAGCAAAUCCGGAGCAUUUUGAGCCAGAAAACUCAAAAUUUCAUAAAUUUUGAAGAUUUUUGAGCCCAAACAAGCUCUAGAGCUCAAAAAGUUGCUCCAAGAGCUGAAAAAUCCGAUUUUUCAAUCCAAAAAUGGUUCAGAAGUGAAAAACUAGGUUCCGGACCCAGAAAAUCAUGAGAAACUGGGUCUCGGAACGUUUUUCAUGGUCCCAGAACGAAAAAUCGAUUUUUUGAGCCUAAACAUGCUCUAGAAGUCAAAAAGUUGCUCCAGAACUCAAAAAUUCGAUUUUCUGAGUCUGAACAUGCUCGAAAGCUCAAAAACUUGCUCCAGAACUCAAAAAUCUGAUUUUCUGAGCCUGAGCAUGCUCUUGAAGUCAAACAAUCGAAAAUUUCUGAUUUUUUGAGUCCCAACAAGCUCUAGAAGUCAAAAAUUUGCUCAAAAGCCGAGAAAUCUGAUUUUUUGAGCCCAAACAUGCUCUAGAGCUCAAAAAGUUGCUCCAAGAGCUGGAAAAUCCGAUUUUUUGAGUCCAAAUGUGGUUUAGAAGUGAAAAACUAGGUACCUGACCCAGAAAAUCAUGAAAAACUGGGUCCCGGAACGUUUUUCAUGGUCCCAGAACGAAAAAAUCGAUUUUUUGAGUACAAACGUGCUCUAGAAGUCGAAAAGUUGCUCCAAAACGGAAAUUUUGACCAAAACCUCUAGAAAAUCAUAAAAAUCUGGUAUGGAACCCAGAAAAUCGGAUUUUUCAUGAAAUUUUCGAUUUUUUGAGCCCGAAAAUGCUCUAGAACCAAAAUUUUGACCAAAACUCUUAGAAAAUCAUAAAAAUCCAGUAUCGCACCCAGAAAAUCAGAUUUUUCAUGAAAUUUUCGAUUUUCUGACCCUAAAUAUGCUCCAAAAUUCGAAAAUUCACAAAAAUUCCCUGAUUUUUGCAGCUUUGCGAAUCUCGCAACUGGGGCUACUCAGUUCUAAUGAUCGAUGAUUCGGACGUGAUUUCGGGCGGUUUAGCAGAAGCUCAAGAACAAUUAGCAUGGCUCAAUUGUAUGCCGGUUUACGGGCUCAAUUGCUAUUCAAUCAUCAAAUAUGAUACGGUGGUUUUGUCGAAAAAUGCGUUGGAAAAAAUCGAGCAACGAUUAUUGCAACAUUUGCAUCGAGCAAAACCGUUGAAUUUGAAGUAUAGGUGAGGAUUUUGAGCCGAAAUCCGUGAAAAUCGUGAAAUUUUGGGCUAGUGGGUCAUUUUUUAGCCAAAAAUUUGAAAAAUUCACGAAAUUUUGGGCUAGGGGUCAUUUUUUAGCCAAAAAACCGUGAAAAUCGUGAAAUUACGACCCAGAAAUCAUUUUUUAAAUCAAAAAUUCGAAAAAAUUGCGAAAAUUCCAGUCAGAAAGUGAAUUUUGAUCAAAAAUUCGAAAGAAUCGCAAAAUUUUGAUCCGUAAAGUGUGCCAGGCUUGCAGAAAUUAAGCUCCGCCCACUUUUGGACGAGAAAAGUGAAUUUUGACCCGAAAUUUGAAAAAUUAACGAAAUUUUAGGCUAGGGGCUGAUUUUUAAGCCAAAAAACCGUAAAAAUCGCGAAAUUUCGACCCAGAAAUCAUUUUUUAAAUCAAAAAUUCGAAAAAUUUACGAAAUUUCGACCAAGAAAGCGUGCCAGGCUUGCAAAAUUCAAGCUCCGCCCACUUUUGGACGAGAAAAGUGAAUUUUGACCCGAAAUUUGAAAAAUUAACGAAAUUUUAGGCUAGGGGCUGAUUUUUAAGCCAAAAAACCGUAAAAAUCUGCGAAAUUUCGACCCAGAAAUCAUUUUUUAAAUCAAAAAUUCGAAAAUAUUACGAAAAUUCCAGUCAGAAAGUGAAUUUUGAUCAAAAAUUCGAAAAAUGCACAAAAUUUCAACCCGAAAAGUGUGCCAGGCUUGCAAAAUUCAAGCCCCGCCCACUUUUGGACGAGAAAAUUGAAUUUUGACACGAAAUUCGAAAAAUUCACGAAAUUUUGGGCUAGGGGUCAUUUUUUAGCCAAAAAAAUUUUGAACAAAAAGUGAGCCAGGCUUGCAAAAUUCAAGCUCCGCCCAUUUUCAACGAAAAUUUUCGAUUUUUCACUCAAAAAACUCGAAAUUUCAUGAAAUUUCCCAAUUUUCAGCCAAAAAUCGAUAUUUUCAGAUAUCAAGACUACAAGGAAAAAAUUCUCAACGAAUCUCGCGCCGAAGAAAACCCGAAUAUGCCGCCAAUUGUGUAA